AUGGCAGAGAGCACACCGGUCACCAGCAGUGGAACGAAAAAGGUGCCAGCAGCAACUUCUGCUAUUAUUACGAAUGACGGAAUUGGAAUUAAUCCUUCUCAAUCAGCAGGAAAUAUUUUCUUGAAACAUGGAAGUGAGCUGCGAUUGAUUCCUAGAGAUCGAGUAGGGACAGUACUUCGAGAUAGUGAUUCUAGUCGAUUGUACAGGAUGCAGUUGAGUCCGUCGCAAAAGCAGUUCAUCAUCAAAAGUGUCAACUUCUCAACCUUCGUUUUCCAAUGGGGAUUUGUCCCAUUCGUCGUGUAUCUUGGUUUAGAAAAAGGUCGCAGAACCCCUACCAAAUGGACAGGUGUUGAAGCAUCGGACGAUGAAGUUCACCAGCUUUUCUGUAAAGCUAUAAGCGAGUCUAGUAAAGAAAACGUCAUGCUAGUAACUACGUCACCCAGUUCGGUAACAUUGAAAAUCUGGACCAUCAACAUUAAAUCAAUUCUGAAUCAGUAA